AGUUUAUUGACCUCAAUUAGUCACCCCGUACCUGCUAAUUACGUUAUAAAGGUCAUCAUAAUCUGGAACAUUGCAGUGGAAUGUCAGCUGUUGAUAUGUGUGUCUCGAGUGAAAGUACGGGGUGCUGAAUUUUCAAUGGGCCAAUUUUUUGCAAAUGAUUAACCACUCAUAGAUUGCCUUAUCAAAUGACUCAUAUGUAAACAAACUCGCUCAGUGAACCCUUCAAUAUGGACAACGAUAAGUUGCGAGACGAGGUCAUCUCGCAGAUACGAGCAUGUCUCAUUUCCACGAAGGGAGCACGCGAUUUGCGGCAGAUUAAAAGCGAUUAUUCAAUGUUAAUGGGCUGUGAGAUACCCUACCAAAAGCUAGGAUAUAAGACGCUGGAACUCUUUAUACGCAGCAUUCCAACACUAAGGAUUACCCAACAAAACGGGCAAUUACUUGUGGACGCGGUGGUCACCCAGCAGUCGGCGCACAUCGCGAAAUUCGUCGAAAAGCAGAAGACAAAGAAGCGAACCACCAGUAGGCCGCCGCCCAGAUACCAGCCGCGCCAGAACCCACGCCGACAGGCGGUGCCUCCCAGGUGGCGCCCUAGGACCGUCUCCACAAACUGGCAAAGGUCGUACGAGUCUCCGCGACCGCCGGCGACUUACGCGCACACUCAGGUUGUAUCCUCCCCGAAUCCGCCAGCGAAAAAACCGAGCGUUUGGGAACGAUUGGGCAAUCGAGACGGCCCCGAAGUCAAUCGCUCUAAUUACGCCGAACCCGGCCGCCCCUCCGCGUACUCGGAACCGAGUUGCUCAUAUAACGCGCCAGAACCGCGCCGGCCAUCCACGUACUCGGAGCCGAACCGCCUUCCAGAACCCACCAGAUCGUCGACUCAGCCGGAACCGAAACCGAGCGUUCGAAAUCGACUGGGACCCAGAGAAGCGAAUACGGAACCAUCGUACUCCUUCAACCUCAUCCGGCACGCCCUGCACGACCUAGACGGCAAUAGCGAGAAAGAGGUGACGUUGUCGAGACAGGCGAAACUGAGGCUGUCUCAGAAAGAUAUCACCGAGGAGAAAGUACCCGAGAACCCGAGCCCGUUACUAACGCCUUCCUUUUCUCCAGAAUUCUUACAGUGGCCCGCGGCCGAAGUUCCCCAGGUCGCGUCCGAGAUGAAUUCCACCCCGCGAAGGACGCCGUUGGACGCAGAUUCCAGUAAGAAAAAUGAUGUGAUAACUAAAAUUCCUCGAACCGGUGACUAUUGGGAAGACCUGAACUCCUUCGUCACAAUGAAGAAUUUAGGAAAAAUCACCUGCAAAGUGAUCACCAAGCAGCUGCAUCGUCAUCGACUCGAUUUCUUCUGCACGAUAACGAUCAACAACGAUCCGAAAAAAUCCUACAGAAGCUAUCCGGCGGACUGCUUGGACGAGAAGACGGCGAAACAGGAGGCGUCGAAGAAGGCCCUUGACGAAUUGGAAAAGUCGUGUAAGACCGAGCACUACGGUUUGCUGCUUUCCGACAUCAUGGACGUACUGACUCGCGUUCCGGCCAUGGUUAAGGAGCACCCGUGCGGAGUAUGGAACACCUUAAUUCAGGAAAAUUACAUCGCGCGCUACAACGAGCAGCUACCGUUAAAUUGGAUAGAAAUUCUGAGCAGUCAGCCCAAUAUUGCGAUGCAGCAGAUCGCCGAUAAAUAUGUCUUGAAUUAUUGCGAACCGAGUCAGGUUUUUCAGAAAACGAAUUUCAGCGGCCGGCAAGCCCAAAACGUCACGGUUCUACCGAACACGGUCAGCUUCAACGAGGACGGCUUUCUCGUCGCCGAAAUCACGUGCGUCAACUCGGCCGCCGAGAUUUGGUUCUCACAGCGCGAGACCGCCGAGUCGGACCGUUUCGCGAGUAUGUCGCUCGAGAUGGAGGCGCAUUACAGCAAGCUCGGAAAAUACGAGAUCGCCGAGACGAUUCAAAUGGGCGGGCACUACGUCGCCUUUUCCGAGACGUGGUGGUGUAGAGUUCGAGUGUUCGAGGUGAACGGUGACGAUAUUCACUGCUUUUGCAUCGAUUUCGGGGACGAGUGGGUUAUAAAAAAAGACGCGCUCUACAUUUUAAAGCAGGAGUUCGCGGAGGUGCAGGCGCAGGCCUUCGUCGGUCGACUCGCGGGACUCGAGGAACUGUACGAGGUGUCGAAAUCGUCCGAGCAUUUACAAACGUUGCUCAGCAGAACUGUGCAAGUUCAGCAGGAUAGUAAUUCCGAUGAUUCCGAAGCGGAUCCAAGCGACCCCACCUUAUCAGUUGUUCUAUACGAUAUAGACACAGGUAAGCCUAUCAAUGAGGAGAUAAUCACGUAUAUAGGCAUCGAGGUAGCUACGCCAGCCCUAAUCGUCAACGCCCCCACCGACGUGUACGUCACGCACGCUUUGAACGACGGCACCGUCUACAUCCAGUCGCGGUCUGUCGGCUACGAGCAACUGAUGUCGCUCAUCGAGAAGGCGGGUCAGAAUAUUGUCGACAAGAAGACCGCCGUCACGCCGGUGAAAGUAUCGAAAUCGAACGGCGACGAUUUGUACUUCAUCAGGAGCAAGGCCGACGAUCUGUGGUAUCGGGUGAAAAUAAUCGAUUGGGCACCGGGCGGGAAGCAUGUGCAGGUGUUGCACGUUGACGACGGCCGCGCCACUGUCGUCGAGGUUAAUGAUACUGACUUUUACGUUCUUCGUGAUAUUAGCGACGUGAUUAGCAAGUUCCCGCUACAAGGACUGAGAGUAAGACUGCAAUUAAGUAGUGUUCCCGUUAACUUUGUUGAUCGUGUGAGAGAUUUAAUGCCUCCGAACGAGGCGGUUAUUGUUAAGCUGAUUAAAGUGGACACUGAUUACGUUCACGUCGUAGAAUUUUUCAAACGGUCCAAAACCGACAAUGUAUUAUUUUCUAUCAACCUGUCACUCGUGCCUGAAAACGGAUUUCGAAACGCGGCCGGAGAUGGGAAUAAUAACGCAAAAAGUAAUAAACUCCGACGACUGAUUUCACUCAAUCAAUUCGACGACGCAAAUCAGAGGUUACCCUCCGCCGGUUGCUUAACCCCUCCCGAGAUUCCCGAGAUCGGGCAGUUUUUCGAUGUUAGAGUGUGCUAUACUGUCCAUCCGCACAGCUUUUUCGUGCAACCCUACAACGACGUCCAGAAGUUAAACGCACUCAUGGUCGAAAUGCAGGAGGCGUUCAAGAACGUUCGGACGAGUACGUUGCAAAUUGGCGAUAUUCUGCCUGGGAAGGUCUAUGCGUCCAUGUACACUGAUGGGAAAUGGUAUCGAACCAGCGUAAUCAAGGUAAUUCACCCCAGUUCGAUAUCAGUUUUCUACAGCGACUUCGGCUACUACGGCAACAUAAUACUCACUCAGCUGCACCCGUUAGAAGAAAAAUUCCUGAAAUUGCCUUAUCAAGCAAUAAAAGCGAAGCUAGACGUUCAGCCGAAAAACGCCAAGUGGUGUCACGACGAUUGCGACUACUUUAAAAAUCUCAUCGACCAAAAGAGUUUCGUUUCCAUUCUGAGAUCGGUCGAGAAGGACAUCUUGUGUCCCGGCGAUAUCGUUCUUACAUUAAAACUGAUUGACACGUCGUCACAAAAUGUCGACGUCUACAUCGACGAGGUUAUCAUUAAGGAGGGCAAGGCGAUUGACAACUGUUAAAUGGACCGAGUGAGAAACACAAUACCUAUUUAUGUAUAGUUCGAUAUUAUAUAAAUUAGAUAUUUUGUUACGCCCCGUUUAUUUUAUGUAAUCUUUAGGUACCUACAUAGAAUUGUUUACAUUGAAAGUAAUAAUAAUAGGUUAUUGUUUAUUUAAAUGUAAUAAUUUAUUUUUAUUAUUGUAAAAUUGUAAAGUAAGUAAAAUGUUUCGUUUCA